CGGCGUUGCUGGGGUGGACGGAAACGGAAGCUCGUUUGGGAACUUGUAUUCGUCAUCCGCCGGCACGAGGUGAAAGCUUUCAAAAUAUGCGGUUGUAUUAAAAAAAAAAGCGAUUUUGGGUCGUAUGCAGUUUAGAGGUCGUUUAUAAGGAAAAUGUCUUUGUACGCAUUUAAUGCCUACAAUAUUUCAAGAUCUUCAGGUUCUUCUGUUUUGUAUUUCAUAACUAACUGCGGCUUUUCCUUCGCUUCUGGUAUGCAUACAACUAAUGCUUUCUCUCGGUACGCAAAUUAAAGCCGGACUACUGAAUGGCUUGCACUACACAACAGUUUUUAGUUUCAGUUUAAACAGCAGCAAGGCCUGCCUCAGCCCGCGAUUAGCAGUGAUUGAAAGCCUGAGGUGGAGAUCACAGUAGCGAGACAAAGUGGCGAAGUCCCGUGCGGCGUGCCAAGGAAGAGGCGCCUUUUUUAAUCCAUGCAGGCAAUAUCACAGGAACAAGCCUAACAUGGCGAAUAAAAUCCCGGACAGAUGGACAUAUUACCAGGCUUUGGGGAAGAGAAUUCCAGGCACACGGUUCAUUGCUUUUAAGGUCCCCCUGAAACGGUCUUUUGAGAGUAGGCUGCACCCCUCUCAAUACUUUGGCCCAUUUGACCUGGUUCAGCAGCUGAAGGAUGAGAAUCAGGAGCUGGGCCUCAUCAUUGACCUCACCUUCACCACACGCUACUACAAGCCACAGGACUUGCCAGAGAGUUUACAUUAUGUGAAGAUCUUCACUGCAGGGCAUGAGGUGCCGAGUGACAAAACUAUCCUUAGUUUUAAAAGGGCUGUGAAUAAAUUUCUGCAGGAGAAUGAACACAAUGACAAGCUGAUUGGAGUGCAUUGUACCCAUGGAUUAAAUCGGACAGGUUAUCUCGUGUGCAGGUACCUCAUUGAUGUGGAUGGGGUAAAUCCCAAAAAAGCCAUGCAAUUGUUCAACAAGUCCCGGGGUCACUCCAUAGAAAGAGAGAACUACAUCGAAGAUCUUCGCCAUGGUCCAAAAAGAAGCAAUGCAGGCAUGGAGGUGGCAGAGCAAGAGCCGGUCAGAGGAAGUGCAGGUCAGGUGCAGAGUGUCACACCAUUCAGUAGGCCUGCACCCCACUGUGGACGGGAAUCUCUCCUGGGGCCCUACAAAUCUUGUCGGCCACCAUACCCCCCCUCUGGUAUUCAAAGAGACCAGCCCUACCCACCUUUCCUUCCCCGGCCUCCUCCUGCUCGUGGGAUGCGACCUCCUGGAGCCCCCCGACAGCAUUUCAGACAGGACUGGAGAGGGCCUGCAGAUUCUUAUCGCUCAUCUUUGCCUGUUUUCCACCACUGUGCUGGCUCAAGUGGCACCAGCGGCCCCAGGCCAGGAACAUCCUUGAAUGGCCAGCAACCUCCACCCCACACUGGCUCUCUGGAAGAACCCCGCAGAACCAAAGAAAAGGCUUACUGGAAGGCCAAAAAAAAAGAAAGGAGGAACCCGAAAUGAAGCUAAUCUGUACGAUCAAGGUUUCAGUGGAAGAGCACAUGCCAGCCAGCUACAGUACAGAUGGCAAAACAUUAAGAAUUUGUAGCUCAUGUUAUGGUUUGCUCACUCUUUUUCUGGGUGGUGGAAAACCGAAGUAAAAUAGCAAUUGUGUUCAGCCUAAACAUUGGUUGCUUGAAGUCCCGCACCUAGUACUUCUUACUACAACUGAACUGCUCCUGAACACCCAGAUAUAUUUAAAUCUGUAGGGCAAAAUUAUAUAUUUAUAGCAAAAUGGGCUUUCCUGUCAGUAGGUAAUGUGGAAAAAGAGUGUCAGAUCCUUGAAAAAUUUCAUCAGAAGGUGGACUAUCACCAUAGAUGAGAGGGUAGUCAAUAGGACUUAAAAUCUUUUUUUAUAUCAGGAAUUUCUGUAACAUGCAUCAACUUGAAAACCUAUUAUAAAUUUGACCUUAUAAGAACUAAACAUUUCACAUUUUUGUUGUGAAAUAUUAAGCUAAGGCUGCAGAUGCUCAAGAAACAUGACCAUUUUUUUUCUAAAAGAUCUCCUAGUCUCUAAAUUCUUUGCUUUUGUAAUGAUGGGGAACUAAAUCUAUUCUGAUGGAUCGGUUCUGUUUGUGGUAUGAACAAUCUGCAAAGACAGACAGACAUUUGGUUUCAUUGUGCCCUAGGUUUGAAUGGUCAUGGUCUGUGUCCAGUUUAAAAAGUGAUAUUCUCCUUUUUUGCUUUGCUUCGAAUGUUCCUGCUUUGCAUCACUUGCGGUUUGAUUACAGUCCAGUAUUAAAAGUUAAGUGAUGCAAGGUGUGCAAAUAUUUAAGUUGUGUCUAGUCUUUAACCUGUGUGUUUUAUAAGUUCUGGGUAAGAGCUACAAAGGGUGAAGUGGUGCCAAAUUAACAUACUUAGCUCCCAUUCUUCAGUGUUAAAAGUUUUAAAAUUGUGUGCUAGUUUACAGAUGAAGACAUCUCUAUUGUUAAUUGAAACAAGGCAGUGCACUGGGCUUGUUAAAUCUUCUAGCCUCUAUUCUGUUGGUAGGUUUCUUGUCUGUUUUAUAAAAAGACGUAACUAAGCAUUGGGGUUAAUUUGAUCAUUGUGAACGUUCAUCUGCCUGUGAAUAGUAGUACAAAUGAAAUACUUUAAUAUUAAAUUAUUGAUGCAUCAAUCAAAAUGAAGAAGGAACAUCAAGGUUUAAGAUGAAAACAUUAGACAAUAUUUAACCGCAGCUUUGUUAAUGGGAAUGGCUUUUCACUCUGCUUAUUUCUAUUUCUUUUUAGAAGAGAAAAAAAUGCAUUAUAAAAUUCAGUUUUUUUGUAGUGUCUCCUGAAGGACUUAAAAUUGCACCAGUUGGUAGUAUAAACUCCAGGAGCACAAACACCAGAACCUAUUUGUCUAGACUGUAUGAUUCAAUAUCAUUUACAUUUGACCUUUGGUUUUAUAUUGUAUUUGAUUUUAAUGGUUUUAACUUAAAAUUCUGAGGUGCUCUUUCAGAUUCAGUGUAUAUUUUAACACCUUAUUCAUUAGUGUUUCUGUACUUUGACCAGUUUCCAAAAGUGCCAUUUCUAUUAAUGAACAUGAUGAAUAAAGGGCUUUUGUUGAAUAACG